CAGCCUGUGAAAUUGAAUAACGAAGAUCACACAACAAUGCCUGCCCCUCUCUGACUGCACCGUCCCGCCGCUGCCGCCGCCGCGCCCAAGCUAAACCAAGCAGAGCGGGGCGGUCCCCACCGACGGCGCAGCCCUCGGUCCCGGCCAGGGACCUGGAGGCGAGCCGCGCGCUCACUGCGCUGCGCGCCCGCCUGUGCACCGGCCAGGUGGCCUCGCAGCCCAGCUGCUGAGAUGCCCAGCCCUCCCGGGCUCCGGGCGCUGUGGCUUUGCGCUGCGCUAUGCGCUUCCGCGUGCACCAGCAGCGACCCUCAGCCUGGCCCGGAGCGCGCCUCCUGCCCUGCUCCCUGCCACUGCCAGGAGGACGGCAUCAUGCUGUCCGCUGACUGCUCUGAGCUCGGGCUCUCGGUGGUGCCAGGGGACCUGGACCCCCUGACAGCUUACCUAGACCUCAGCAUGAACAACCUCACGGAGCUUCAGCCAGGCCUCUUCCGCCACCUGCGCUUCUUGGAAGAGCUGCGGCUCUCCGGGAAUCAUCUCUCACACAUCCCAGGACAAGCAUUCUCUGGCCUUUACAGCCUGAAAAUCCUGAUGCUGCAGAACAACCAGCUCCAAGGGAUCCCAGCAGAGGCGCUGUGGGAGCUGCCCAGCCUGCAGUCACUGCGCCUAGAUGCCAACCUCAUCUCCCUGGUCCCUGAGAGGAGCUUUGAGGGACUGUCCUCCCUCCGCCACCUCUGGCUGGAUGACAAUGCACUCGCCGAGAUCCCUGUCAGAGCCCUCAACAACCUUCCUGCCCUGCAAGCUAUGACCCUGGCUCUCAACCACAUCCACCACAUCCCUGACUACGCCUUUCAGAACCUCACCAGCCUUGUGGUGCUGCAUCUACAUAACAACCGCAUCCAGCAUGUGGGGACCAACAGCUUCCAGGGGCUGCACAAUCUGGAGACACUAGACCUGAACUAUAAUGAGCUGCAGGAGUUCCCCGUGGCCAUCCGGACCCUGGGAAGACUACAGGAACUGGGUUUCCACAACAACAACAUCAAGGCUAUCCCAGAGAAGGCCUUCAUGGGCAACCCUCUUCUGCAGACAAUACAUUUUUAUGACAACCCAAUCCAGUUUGUGGGAAGGUCGGCAUUCCAGUACUUGCCUAAACUACACACGCUAUCCCUAAAUGGUGCCACUGACAUCCAGGAGUUCCCAGACCUCAAAGGCACCACUAGCCUGGAGAUCCUGACCCUGACCCGCGCAGGCAUCCGGCUGCUCCCACCAGGAAUGUGCCAACAGCUGCCCAGGCUCCGAAUCCUGGAGCUGUCUCAUAAUCAGAUCAAGGAGCUGCCCAGCCUGCACAGGUGUCAGAAGUUGGAGGAAAUCGGCCUUCAACACAACAGAAUCUGGGAAAUUGGUGCUGACACCUUCAGCCAGCUGAGCUCCUUACAAGCCCUAGAUCUAAGUUGGAAUGCCAUCCGAUCCAUCCACCCUGAGGCCUUCUCCACCCUGCGCUCUUUGGUCAAGCUGGACCUGACUGACAACCAGCUGACCACACUGCCCCUGGCCGGGCUUGGGGGCCUGAUGCACCUGAAGCUCAAAGGGAACCUGGCUCUGUCUCAGGCCUUCUCCAAGGACACUUUCCCCAAACUGAGGAUCCUGGAGGUGCCCUAUGCCUACCAGUGCUGUGCCUAUGGCAUCUGUGCCAGCUUCUUCAAGACCUCUGGGCAGUGGCAGGCUGAGGACUUACACCUGGAGGAAGAAGAGGCUCCAAAGAAGACCCUGAAUCUCCUGGCUGGACAAGCAGAGAACCACUAUGACCUGGACCUGGAUGAGCUCCAGCUGGAGAUGGAAGACUCAAAGCCACACCCUAAUAUUCAGUGCAGCCCUGUUCCAGGCCCCUUCAAGCCCUGUGAGCACCUAUUUGAGAGCUGGGGCAUCCGCCUUGCCGUGUGGGCCAUCGUACUGCUCUCGGUGCUCUGUAACGGACUUGUGUUGCUCACAGCCUUUGCGGGCGGGCCCGGCCCGCUUCCCCCAGUCAAGCUUGUGGUAGGUGCAAUCGCAGGCGCCAACACCUUGACUGGCAUCUCCUGCGGCCUCCUGGCCUCCGUGGACGCCUUGACCUUCGGCCAGUUCGCGGAGUAUGGAGCCCGCUGGGAGAUGGGGCUGGGCUGCCAGGCCACCGGCUUCCUGGCGGUGCUGGGGUCGGAGGCGUCGGUACUGUUGCUCACUCUGGCGGCGGUGCAGUGCAGCGUCUCGGUGUCCUGCGUCCGGGCCUACGGGAAGGCACCGUCGCCGGGCACCGUCCGGGCGGGCGCGCUUGGGUGCUUGGCGCUGGCGGCGCUGGCCGCCGCCCUGCCGCUGGCCUCGGUCGGGGAGUAUGGCGCCUCCCCGCUCUGCCUGCCCUACGCCCCACCCGAGGGCCGGCCGGCCGCCCUGGGCUUCGCUGUGGCCCUGGUGAUGAUGAACUCCCUCUGCUUCCUGGUGGUGGCCGCUGCCUUCAUCAAGCUCUACUGUGACCUGCCGCGGGGCGACUUUGAGGCCGUGUGGGACUGCGCCAUGGUGCGGCACGUGGCCUGGCUCAUCUUUGCAGAUGGCCUCCUCUACUGCCCCGUGGCCUUCCUCAGCUUCGCCUCCAUGCUGGGCCUCUUCCCUGUCACCCCUGAGGCCAUCAAGUCUGUGCUUCUGGUGGUGCUGCCGCUGCCUGCCUGCCUCAACCCACUGAUCUACCUGCUCUUCAACCCCCACUUCCGGGACGACCUUCGGAGGCUCUGGCCGAGCCCGAGGGCAGAACCCCUAGCCUAUGUGGCCGGGGAGCUGGAAAAGAGCUCCUGCGACUCCACCCAGGCGCUGGUGGCCUUCUCUGAUGCGGACCUUAUUCUGGAAGCUUCUGAGGCUGGGCAGCCUCCUGGGCUGGAGACCUAUGGCUUCUCCUCAGUGACCCUUAUCCCCUGUCAGCAGCCAGGGGGCACCAGGCUGGAGGCAAACCAUUUUGUAGAGCUUGAGGGUACCCACUUUGGAAACCCACAGCCCUCCAUGAAUGGAGAACUGCUGCUGAGGGCAGAGGGAAGCACAUUGAUGGGCCGGGGUUCCUCGGUGGGUGGAGUCUUCUGGCCCUCUGGCUCUCUCUUUGCCUCUCACUUGUAAAUAAAUAUCCCUCCCCAUUUGUUCUCCCUCCUCCCAAUGAUGGCUGCUUUAAAAUAAAUACAACCUGAACUCCA